AUAUUACGACUUUUAUCGUCUUUUACCAUGGUUGACCUAUCUAUUUGCACUGAUAAGUUAAGCGAAAGUAGUCACGUUUUUUUUGUCUUGUGUUCAUGUCGUAAACAAGAUCGCAAAGGCCAGUAAAAAUAGAGAAGGACCAAAAAUAAGUAGAAUCAGCAUACUUUCAAAGGAAAAUGCCGAAAAAGGGGUUAAAAGAGAGAAUACAAGCUGGCGAUAAUAUCAUAGUUGCAGAAGGGUAUGUUUUUGAAUUCGAGAGAAGAGGAUAUUUACGUGCUGGAUGUUUUGUUCCAGAAGUUGUGUUAGAACACCCAGAACAAGUAAAAGCUGUGCAUGAAGAAUACGUACAUGCCGGGAGUGAUGUUGUGCUGGCAUUUACAUACUAUGGUCACAGAGAAAAGCUCAAGCUAAUUGGAAGAGAAGACGACCUAAAACGUUUGAAUAUAAAAGCACUUCGUCUAGCAAAGGAAGUAGCAGAUCGUACCAACACUCUUUUGGCGGGAAAUAUUUGUAAUUCUACUAUAUUCAAGAGAGAUUGUCCUGAUGCGGUAGAAAAAGCAAGAGCUAUUUUUAAGGAGCAAAUAGAAUGGGCUAUAUCUGAAGGAGUAGAUUACAUUGUGGCAGAAUCUUUCAGUGAAUAUGGGGAAGCAGCUUUAGCACUAGAAUGUAUAAAGGAAUAUGGAAAAGUUCCGGCUGUUGUUACAAUGAUAGCACAUGCCAAAGACAAAACAGUAGACGGAUUAACAUUUGGUGAGACAAUGAACAAGUUGUACGCUGCAGGCGCUGAUAUUGUAGGGCUUAACUGUGGAAGAGGACCUAGUACCAUGUUGUCUUUGAUUCGAGAAAUUCGUAAAACAUACAAGGGUCCCUUGGCGGCACUUCCUGUUCCAUAUAGAACCACUCCAGAUGAGCCUAUAUUUCAGUCUAUAAAAAAUCCCGAAACAGGAAGACAAGCCUUUCCCGAAGAUUUAACAGCAUUUCACUGCAGUAGGACCCAAAUUAGGAAAUUUGCAGAGGAGGCGAAGGCACUGGGAAUUCAGUAUGUUGGUCUUUGUUGCGGAAAUGCAUCCCAUUUCAUGAGAAUAGUUGCAGAGGUUUAUGGUCGGACACCACCUGCAAGCAAAUAUUCACCAGAUAUGUCGCAGCAUUUCAUAUGGGGCGAUAAAAACUUCGAUAGCUACCACGUGGAACACAGAAAUACGUUAGCCCCUAAAUAACAAGGCUCAAUACAUGUUGACACUAGUCUUUUGUCAACAAAUAUUUAAAUGUAAACAGCUACUGUAUUGAAAAUUACAGUCUUUGAUUAAAACAGAGGCCAAGAAUUG